AUGGUCGAGCUGCUCCCACUUGAACUUGGCCAGUUCCGCGUGUUUGACCCUGGAGACAUGUGGACGCACGUUAUCAUGGUGCAGAACCACGCCCUCCGUUCACAGCCUAUAGAAGAUUCGAGUAGUGGUGGAGCUGCCGGUGGAGGUGAAGCAUCAGCUGCAGCGUCAGGAGGUGGAACCUCUUUUGGUGGUAGCCCUACUUUUAUAAGAAGAGAGGGAAUGUAUGGUGAAGAUGGCGGUGGGUAUGGUAGAGGAGGCUCUGGAUUAUAUAUGGGAGGAAGUGGAAACUCUUAUUCUGGCAGUGGAGGUACUAUAACCGGAGAAGGAUCUUUUGGAGGUAGUGAUGGUACAGACGUCUAUAGUGAAGGAAAUGCCGGAGGAAUGUUUGGGUUAGGACUAAGAGCAAGGCCUGGAGAUGAUAAUGACGAUAGUGCUGAUUAUAAUCGUAAUAAUAAUAACAGCACUCCGGAAGAAGACGUGUUAUACAUACCGCUUGAACAGUAUGGAAAGUUCAGAAAAUCCGGCAGAUACGAGAGAGCGCUUCCGGAUGUCACCAAUGAACAAUUGCUAAACAGUUUGUCAUCGCACGAUGUUCCCUGGAUUCUAAGGGCCCUCCAUCUUGAUCAAUACGCUCAGAGAAAAGGCAUUCAUCACGAUAAUAAAACCGGAAGAACAGAAAAUAGCUCAAAGCAUCGGAAUAGAAAUUACAUCUUACCAUUGUCAAUUGAGCAAAAUUAUAAAACAAGAGACAAAAAUAAUAAUUAAUCCUUUGAAAGGAUAAACAUCAUCUGCAGUUUGGA